UAACUACCAUCCCCUUUCUUUUAUUUCCUGCAAUGUCGUCGUUUAACCCUUCUCUCUCUAUUUUAGAAUUUUAGGGUUUGUUAUUUACUAUCUUCGAUCUGUUGUGUCCAUCUCUCUCUCUGUCCAAUUCAUAUUCCUCCCUUCUUCUCUGUAUUUGCUCAAAUUUGGUAUACUCUAGGAAAUUCUUUUGGGCAAUUGAAACAACCCUUUUCUUCCCUGCUAAUAUUUAGGGCUUAAAGAUUGGGGCUUUAAGAUUGGAGUUUUCAUCAGUUUGGAUAGUUGUAGCUGUGUUUUUAUGAUUGUAACUUCUUGUUUUCAAUUGGAUUUAUAAAGGGUCUUGCUUGGUUUCAACAAUUGAAGUGUUUUCUUUUAGGGUUUGGUGGUGCCGUGGUGGGGUUUAGCGAAAGUCAUUGUUUAGGGUGAUAUGGAUAGUGUAUUUAGUGAAGAGAUACUUGCAGAUAAGCUUUCUAAGCUCAAUGGCACCCAGCAGUGUAUUGAAACUUUGUCCCAUUGGUGCAUCUUUCACCGAAGCAAAGCAGAAUCAGUUGUAGAGACAUGGGAUAAACAGUUCCACAACUCAGAUAUGCUCCAGAAAGUUCCUCUACUGUAUCUUGCGAAUGACAUCCUACAGAACAGUAAGCGGAAAGGAAAUGAAUUUGUUAAGGAGUUUUGGAAAGUUCUUCCUACUGCGCUAAAAAAUGUAGUUGAGAAAGGUGAUGACCGUGGGAAGAAGGCAGUCUCUAGAUUGGUAAAUAUAUGGGAAGAAAGGAAAGUAUUUGGGUCACGUGCCCGGAGCCUCAAAGAGGUAAUUCUUGGAGAAGAUGCACCUCCACCCUUGGAGCUCAACAAAAAACGUUCACGCUCCGUCAAAAUUACAAAACGAGAUUCACGAUCCACUAGAACGAAAUUGUCCAUCGGAGGUGAUGCUGAAAAAAUAGUAUCGGCAUUUCAUUUGGUGGUUAGUGAGCAACCCAAUGAGGAGACAGAGAUGAGUAAUUGCAAAUCUUCAGUUCGUCGUGUGAGGAAGAUGGAGAAAGAUGUUGAUGUUGCCUGUAGUGGUAAUGAUAAAGAUCCAAAACGAAAGACUUUGGCCAAGGAACUAGAGGAUGAAGAGAAUCUUUUGAAACAAAGCAUUGAGAAACUUAGAUCAAUUGAAGCAAGUAGAGUAGCACUUGUGUCUCUGUUAAAAGAAGCUCUACACGAACAGGAAUCUGAAUUGGAGGGAGUUCAAACUCAGAUUCAGGUUUCUCAGGCACAGGUAGAGGAAGCCAGCAACAUGCGAAGGCGGCUUAAUGGUGAAGAAUAUGUGUCGAAAGCAUCUACUGCAACAACAGUAUCAGUUGAUUCAAAUGCAAAAGCAGGACAAACACCUAAGAGGACAGCUGCUGAUAUUGCUGCUGAGGUUGCAGAAAAGCUUGCAGCUUCCUCAUCUUCUCAAAUGAUCAUGCACUCUGUUCUCUCUUCGUUUGCUGCUGAAGAAGCAAAGAAUGCUCAAUUAACAAAGGCCUACGAUUCAUUGUCAAAACCGGAAAACUCGUUGCCUGUUUCAGAUCCAAAUGUUUUUAUGCCAGCCCAACCACUUGCUGCUCCAACAACACACUCGUAUCAGUCAGUUUUGCUGCCCCAACCUUCAAUGCAGAAUCAGACUCCAAGUGCUCAAGCUCAGUUUCACAUGCUUCCCAACCAAUCCUCUCAGCAAUAUUUACAGCCAGCAGGAGGGAUUAUGACCCCAUAUGCUUAUGGUAACAUUUCUCCCUUGCCUCCAGGACCACCUCCACCACCACCCCCACCCCCACCCUAUAUGGUAAGUCCAAUGGUGUCCAUGGCGCAACAACCAUCACAAAUACCUCAGCAGCAACAGCUACCAUUGGCACAACAGCAGGCCACAAUAAACCAGCAACAACCAAUGUCUUUAAACCAGCAACCCCAGGGUCCUAAUUUCAGGCCUCUGCGACCACAUGGAAUGGUGUACUAUGGCCACCCUUCUCAUUCUUAGUGAAAAAUCAUACUAAUGGUGUUUUUGUUAAUUUUAGCCAGAGGCCAGUUUAAUUGAUCUUCACGUAGGUACGCUGCUUGUAAUUAGCGACCUUCCUCCUUUUCACAUGAGUAGGACUUCCAGUAAUGAGAAAGUAAUCUUUGGCAUAA